UAGUGGGGAAAUGGGAGGGCAAUUCGGCUGCGUUCAAUUAUUAUAAUGAAAUUAAAUGAAAGAAAAGAGAGAGAGAGAGAGAGAGAGAGGAGGAGUGAAGAAGAUCCCAACAAGAGAAGUUUUGGCAUCUAGAAAUUCUCAAUUAUUUUAGCUCCGUUACCAGCGAAGCGAAGCGAAGACUCGGCGCACAACAAGAAACCACACUCUCUCUCUCGGAUCAUCAUCAUUAAGCCUUUGCGUUGAAGCCGGGGAAGAGUGAGAGAAGAUUACUUCUAGAGAGAUAAAACUCUGUCUUCUCUCUCUGUAAUGGCGGAAGAGGAGAGCGUCAAGUUGUUCGUUGGUCAAGUCCCCAAGCACAUGACGGAAUCGCAGCUUCUUGCAAUGUUCCAAGAGUUUGCUCUAGUCGAUGAAGUCAACAUAAUUAAAGACAAGGUCACGCGUGCUUCUCGAGGGUGUUGUUUUUUGAUAUGUCCUUCGAAGGAGGAAGCGGACAAGGCGGUUAAUGCGUGUCAUAACAAGAAAACGCUGCCUGGGGCUUCUAGUCCGUUGCAAGUGAAGUAUGCUGAUGGCGAGUUGGAAAGGCUAGAGCACAAACUCUUCAUCGGUAUGCUUCCAAAAAAUGUUUCUGAUGCUGAGGUCUCCACGUUAUUUUCCCAAUAUGGAACCAUAAAAGACUUGCAGCUUCUUAGAGGUUCCCAGCAAACUAGCAAAGGUUGUGCUUUUCUGAAGUUUGAGACAAAAGAACAAGCACUUGCAGCCAUGGAAGCCCUCAAUGGGAAGCAUAAGAUGGAGGGUUCAACUGUUCCUUUGGUGGUCAAGUGGGCUGAUACAGAAAAGGAAAGACAGGCUCGGAGGGCUCAAAAAGCUCUUUCAUUGGCAUCUAAUGUGCCAAAUACCGACUCCAGCCAGCAUCCAUCUUUGUUUGGUGCUUUACCAAUGGGUUACAUUCCUUCAUAUAAUGGAUAUGGUUAUCAGACUCCGGGGACAUAUGGACUCAUGCAUUAUCGCCUACCGCCAUUGCAGAAUCAACAUGCUUUUCACAAUCUGAUUCCACCUUUAAACCAAGGAAAUACUGUUCGUGGAUCCACACCUGAUCUUUCAUCUGGAAUGACCCCAAGAAAUUAUGCACCUGCAAGUUAUGUAGGAUCUGCUUAUCCCACUGUGCCUGGGGUUCAAUAUCCCGUGACUUAUCCUGGAGGAAUGAUGAGUAACCGGCCAUUGGGAGGUUCUUCGGGAUCUCUAUCACCUUCUACUGCAAAUAGCCAAUCUGCAGCAUCUUCAAGUGUCAGUACUAGUUCUGGGGGCCAGAUUGAAGGUCCACCUGGAGCUAAUUUGUUUAUUUACCACAUCCCUCAAGAAUUUGGUGAUGACGAGCUUGCAAAUGCCUUUCAGCGUUUUGGGAGGGUAUUGAGCGCCAAGGUUUUUGUUGACAAAGCAACUGGCGUCAGCAAAUGUUUUGGAGCUCAACAAAAGCCCCUUCGGUCAAUUCUCGUGAAUGUUGUCCCAGUUUGAGGUUCAUUAUUUGCAAUUCAAACCGGCUUUCCAAGUUAUGUUGCAACAUGUCUUCUCUACCAUUUCCCUUGGAAAUUACUGAAUGGGUUGCAACUUAAAUAAGCCUAGUAUUUGCAUGUAGACGCCAGUAGGUUCAUGCUUGUUGUGAUGGCCAAAAACUUGUGUUUGGCUGCAGGUUCUGAACUAUCUCGCAAUUUCCAUUUAUUGUGAAUUGACACCUGAAACAGGUUGGCCGCAUAUGUUGGUCCUGGCUGUGAGUUUUGGUGCGUGUAUGCAUUGCUGUUGCUUAAUUAUUGGGGUAUUAUAGUCCAUAGUGCAGGAUUCCCCUUCUCGGUUGGUCCACAUGUUGGUGAGAUUCCAUCAUCUUCAAGUAACCAGACAUAGCAGUGUGGUUAUGGACAUUGGUCAUCAUCGAUGCCUAAUGCAACCAUCUCUAUUCUUGAAGUGCUGACUCUACUUGGAAUGUUAACUUUCCAUCACGCACUUUUAAAAAAAAAAAAAAAAAUUGAUCAGGUCAAGAAUGGGAAGCUACAUACAGAGUUGUCCCAUACGGAAUAGAGGUAAGCAUUGUGAGGAAUGAAGGACACGUUUUAGUGGGUGCAUUUUGUCAAAACCAAACCAAACUUAUCCAAGAGGGACUUGACCCGCUUUUCUCUGUGGACUUUAACAAAGUCGUGUUCAAUAAUGAAGGUUUGUGCGUGUUUUUGAAAAUGAACCUGCAGAUGCUGCCUGGCGCCGCAAGUUCUGGUAUGUAUGAGAUGAUUUAAUGCCGACACAAAAUUUUAUUGUCUUUGUUAGAGGAGCGUUGGGAAAGUGGCAACAAUUACCUGCAGCUUCAAACCAAAUUAA